AUGCGUCUCUUCCUCAUUCGCCAUGGAGAGACAGUCGACAACGUCGCAAACCUCUAUGCCGGCUCGCGCGAUUCUGCCUUGACUGUCCACGGCGUCAUGCAAGCUCAAAAGCUAGCAUCUCACCUUGCUGAGCACGUCACCAUUGAUCGCAUCUUCUCUUCAAACCUCGGCCGCGCGGUUCAUACUGCACAGGCUAUCCUCGAUGCGCAGAAAUGCGCAAAGGAUCUGAAAUUGGUCCAGGUGCCGGAGCUGAGGGAGAAGGACUUUGGUACGGGUGAGGGCGCCAAGUUUGGGUCCGCGACCAAGCAUGAGGGUUCCGAGACGCCGCAAGCGAUGAGAAAGAGGAUUGAUGUUUUCUUGGACGAGCAUUUGCCUCGACUGCACGAAGACUCGACCGUCUGCAUCGUUGCUCACGGUAUCAUCCUCGGGACAUUUUACAAAGCCCUCCGCGACAGGAUUCCAUCCACGUCUACAGCACCCGAUGCCGCACCAGAAGGCCGAGCAGAAUCUGCUUUUGCUCGACCCACCUGGAGCAACACCGGGUAUGUGGAGGCACUCGUCACGACCGACGCAUCUACCACAGAUAAAAAUGUGCAAAUGCGCGUCGUGAAAGUCAACAGCGUCGAGCACCUCAAAGGUCUGACAAAGACCCGAGGAGGAAUUGGCAGCGCCAAGUUCGACGCCAAACAAAAGACGAUGGACUCUUUCUUCAAGCCUGUGUCGCGAAAGCGCAAACUGGAAGAUGAGGACAUCGUCUCACGAUAA